GCACAGAUUAGUUCGAUUUAUCUGCUAUCCUUUCUUUUUUAGCUUUGCCUGACUCUGUGUUGCACCUGCUGUUAAACUGCCUCAUACUAGUAGUGUUAGCUAGCUGCAUCCUGGUGUACUGUUUGUCUUCCUAUAAUGGUCUCUAUCACAACUCUACCUCAUUGACAGUUAACACGAACUGUAACCGCUGAAGACAAUGGGACUACCUCAGAGCUCCCUCCUGUCGGACGGUGGAAAUAACAGUGGCUAUCAUGUUCACGGAGUUCAAGAAAACUCGCCUGCUUUGAAGGCUGGUCUGGAGCCUUUCUUUGACUUCAUCCUCUCCAUAGGGAACACCAGACUUAAUAAGGAGAGCGACUUGCUGAGAGAUCUGCUGAAGGCCAAUGUGGAGAAGGCAGUCAGGCUUGAAGUGUACAACUCCAAAACCCAGCGGGUGAGGGAGCUGGAUGUGACACCCAGUAACAUGUGGGGUGGUCAGGGGUUGCUGGGCGCCAGUGUUCGCUUCUGCAGCUUUGAAGGAGUCAACGAGAAUGUGUGGCAUGUGUUGGAUGUGGAGGAGAAUUCCCCUGCAGCACUCGCUGGCCUUAUUGCACAUGACGACUUUAUUGUCGGUGCUGACCAAGUGUUACAAGAUUCUGAAGAUUUCUUCUCUUUAAUUGAAGCCAACGAGGGGAAGCCUUUGAAGCUCUUAGUUUAUAACACGCAGACCGAACAGUGCAGAGAGAUUGUAGUGACCCCUAAUGGAGCCUGGGGAGGAGAGGGAAGCUUGGGCUGUGGGAUUGGCUAUGGGUAUCUGCACAGAAUCCCGUCUAAUCCAGUUCACCCAAAUGUCCAGAACAGAAAUGUUCCUCAUCCAGCAGAUACAAGCACCAGAGAAGUGAAGAUUCCAUCUGGUCAGAGUGAGGUGCCUCUAUUGAGUGAAAAUAGCCCAACUAAUGAAGCAGGUUUAGCUGUAACUGAGAGAGUUAUGCUCGAUUUGAGCAAAAUCUCACUUCCACAGGAGUCUGCGGACAUUGAUGCCUCCAUCUCUCCUAGAGCCAUAAGCUCAGAUUUAUCCGAAGCUGUUUCCACCAAUGACGGAGGCCACAGCUCUAUGGCUGCUAGUUAUGGAGAUGACACGCGUGACCAAUGUAGCUUGGAUGAUUCCAUGUUUGACCAAAAGCUUUUAUCUCAAGAGAGGGAGGAAGAAGGAGACACUCAUCAAGCACUGCAAGAGAGUGUUGCAAAUCUUAGCGGCAGUCCCAGAGAGGAUGCAGAGGAUUCUGCUGCCCUCAACAGCGCCACAGACAGCGUGGGGAUCAUCCCAGAGAUGCAGAAUCCUAACCCAGAAGCUUUCAGCUCAGGCCAUCACUUAGAACAGGAGAUGACUGAGCCUGAUCCAUCAGGCAGUUAAAUAGCUGCAGCCGCAAAGAGAAUGAUGCAGAAAGAGGAUUAAGAGCACACGGUGAUGGAAAAGUGCUACUUUUUAUUUUUUUCAUUUUAAACUCUUAUCACUGGACUUAUUUUUAAGUUGAAACACUUUUUAUUUCUACCAGUGCCAGGGUUCCAUGCUGCAUUGCACAUAAAAAAAAAGAGAAAACGAUUGUAUCGACUGUUAAGGAUUACAGGGACAGUAAAGCAUUGUGAAUGUACUUAACUUUGUUUUAAGAUUUCACUAAAUGAAGCCUUAGUUGAGUUGUUGCAAAAAAGCUGUCUUGUAUGCAUAAGAAGAAGGCUAGGAUUUUUAUUUUGGGCAUUGUGGAAUGCAGGUUUUAUUUUUUCAUUAGGGAGGAGCAAGUGUGAAAAUUAGUUGUUUUUUUUAUUUAUUCUCAGGCAUUUACUAUACUUUCUGCCUUCAAGUGCUUACAUCAGAGUUUGGGAUGCUGCUCCUGUUUUUCUGGAGGUUUUUAUGUCAAAUAAUGUUUCAAUCUUUAAUUAUAUUAAAAAAAUUAUAAUUUAAAAAAUGGAAGUGGCUACAUUAUUCUACAGGAGGUACAUUGUUUUUCCAGCUAGGAAACAUCAGAACUAAUGAUCUAUGCAAAAACACAAUUCUUAAUCUAAGAAGACUGGGAGAAGUUAGUGAGCAAGCACUGCAACGCAUGCCCAAAAGAACUAAAAACUCUUUUCUGUCCAUUAGGUGAAGUUAGCAGGAUGUCAUUUAUUUCUAAAAUUCCGACAUAAUUUAAAACUACAGUCUGUACUUUCCUGAAAUUUGAAGUUUGGUUUUUUUAGAAUUAUUGAAGUACUUUCAUGAAACUUUCAAUGAAUUUACUUUCCUUGGAAAUUCCAGGAAGAACCUGGUAAAUAUUAUGAAUCUCCCUGAAAAGUUUUACAAAGUAGUUUCUUAAUUCCUGGAAAAUACAGGCAGGAUUAGGAAAGGUCUCACUAUUAUGUUCAGUAGUAUAUUUGCAUGGUCAAUGUAAUAAUGCAGUAAAACUUGAUCAUUAAUUGAUGCUUUUCUGCUACAUGGGGAAUCAGGAAAGAGACACAUCAUUCCACUUUUACAGUCUACAGUAUCACUUUUAUUGUUUGCAAUGUUUUGAGGAAUCCCUUUCCAGGUUAGGAUCUGGAAUUAAAAUAAUAAUUUUGACUAAGUCAGCAUCUGCUUUGUUUAUAAUCAAAAACCUGAUGUAGAGUUAUUACUUGUAAGUCGACCCUCUCUGCCAGACUUCUUGGAUCUACAUGGACUCUGCUUUGUGUUGCAGAAAUAG